AUGGCAGAAGCUCACAAGCCGAAGCCUGCGGAUCAGAGGCCUGCGGAUGAGGAUGAAGAAGUCGAUGAGGAGGAAGAGGAAGAGGAAGAGGAGAAUGACACCAAUAAGAGUCAAAAAGAGAUGUCUCCCGCCAUGAACAACACAGAGUUGAAGAGAGUGGUAUCAGGCUCAUUCCAAUUCACGAUCCAGUGCCAGUACGGAACAAUGGACUCUUUCAAAGAGAUCCACAGCAUCGGGACAAAAGGGCAGCAAUUUGCCCAUAACCGGUAUUAUGACGAGCAAGGCAAUGAGCUUCAAAGGUCGGUUUUUCACAUCACGGCCUACAGCGAAGAUGAAGAGGAUGAGUGGCCCACCAGAAAGUAUGCCCUUCUAGUUCUUCAUGCAGAAGGGCAAUUUGGGCUGCCCAUCAUUUUCACAUCAAGUAUCCCAAUCCAAGGACGUCCGGGAAGACUUUCGUUGGGCUAUGUGUGGAAUGGCCAGGAACAACAAUUCGAUGCAGACCCUUUCGCAAUCCGGAUCUAUGUUCCUGAGAAAAUGGCCGAUACGGCUGAGGAAGAUAACUUUGAUUCCUCAUUCUUUGAUAUUUCUGAGAAGUAA